GAGUCGACACAUUUUGCGUUUAUCAUUUUACCCCUUUUUGUCCCAUGUCUCUGUGUGCGCUUGUGUUUUGCGCUCGUUCACUGUUUGGCUGGUCGCGUAAAAGUUAGCAAACGUUUUGAAAUACCGCAAGAACGCUCGUGUUUUGCGUGGCCCGAUGGUGAAAGCGUCGGAGAAGUCCUACACCCCGGAUCGAUCGUAAUGACCAUUUCGGGUUACCACCUUCGUCUGCAACAACAAACAGACAUGAACGGGAAGCAGCAGUGGCAGCAGCAGCAGUAUAUUUAAAAAACAACCAUCGUGCGUAAUUUGGCCAUCUUUUCCAUGUUGGGCAGUGGAUGAUUCAGUGUGAAAUAGUCCAGUUUGGAUGAAUGCGAUUGCCAUUUUCGCGUGCAGAAGAGACACAUACCCGUCCUGUAGUGUGGCGCAUUGGCACUACAAAAGGAAGAAGGAGGUGUGAGGAUAAUUGUGUGUGCAAAACGCAGCAGCGGUACGUUCUCGGAAACAAGUUCGAGAAUAUUGGAAACAUAACUUAUUCGAGGAACGAAGAAAAAUAAUUGUAAAACAUCCAUAACAGCCGUGGAAGGAUUUAAUUUUUGGCCAUUCAAAUUCAAUCAAAUUUUUCGCCAUCAUCGGAAGUGUGGUUCUUCGAGCAUAAUGUUUCGACACUAUACGUACACACACAUGCAAGGAAGAGAAAGAGAGUGUGCAAUAGAAAAGAGAGCAUAAAAAUAUGCGUUUGAAGACGGUAUGAACCAUGUGUGUGUGUGUGCGUGUGUUUGUGUGCGUAUAGGAAAGACAGAAAGAGACGGAAGAUUCGGUUUCUUGGUCGAUUAUUUUGAUUGAAAAACGUACCGCAGAUCGAACAAGAAGAGGAUCAGCGUAUCGUACAACUACACCAAAAAAAGAGAGACCAAGAACGCUAGGUGCUAACUAGGCAGCCAAGGUAAACGAAAAUGAGUGAAAAGGGAAAGGCGCUAGAAAGAAUCUCGUGAACAAACGCUAAAGAAAAAGAAGAAACACAAAACGGAAAAAAGCAAAGCAUAAGAUAAGUUGUUUAGUGUGUUUCUUGAUUUCUUUAGCGGCAUCUAUGUUUAGUGUUGGUGCUGUCUCUCUGUGUGUGUGUGUGUGCGCGCGCGCUUCGCUGUAUGCAAGAAAGGAACACUCCCCUAUAGCAAAUUUUUCAAUCCUGCAGCUGAUCCUGUUAUAAUCCCAUCCAAUGCAUUAUGUACAACUAAAGCAGUGUUUAAAUCGGGCGUAAUUGUGGCCUAGUGGCUUUGGUGUUGCUUCUCGUUUUUGGGUACACCUGUACGUCACCCCGUUACCGUGGAUUUGUACGGUAGCAUAACUGUGUGUGCAUUUGUGUGUCUAUAUUGUGACCCGUAUCGUUGCGUGUGUAAAUAGAAGUGUUGAGCGGAAAAAUGGAAUAGGGAUGGGGUGGUAUAUAUACCCCACGCACCAGGUGUUGUGUAUGUGCGCGCAAUCAAGCUGAGUGAAGCCAAUAUAAAUAUAUAUAUUCAAGCUCUAUCGUGUGCAGUGAAGGAAAAAGUGUUUCAAAUAUAGAAAGCACAAGCGUUUGUGUGCUGCGUGUGUUUCUGUGUUGUGCUAAGAACCUGCAAACUCCCGGCCGUAGGCGAUUGCGCAACUCGGAAUCCCGCGUACCAACCACCCACCAGGCAAGCGGACUGGUUACCGGGCGUAACCGGAAACCGAUCGCGCGCGUCAAUACGAGAUGCAAGCGUUCUUCUCGUUCGAUCUUAGCAGCAGCAGCAGCCGGAUUGUACCGUCAUUGUCGCGCGCGUGUCUGUGGUUUGCGACAUCGCGGCCCAUCGGUGGUAUGGUUGGCACCUGCGUCGCCCGGCCGUCAUCGAUCGCUGGCCGCGGCAGUGAGUAUGGUGAGCGUGUCCGGAUCCUUCCCACUGCUGGUCGCUAGAUUGGGGCGAACGUACGGAAGUAUGUGGAAUGGUGAUGGCAACGGUAUCAGCAGCAGCGUGAUCGUUGAGCGAAAGGGUACCCUAAACACGAACACAAAACAGCGUCGUCUGCGGCGAUGGUUACGCACCGUGCGUCACAGGAAAACGAUCGCGAUCAGUGAGUGUUCACAGCAGCAUUUUGAUUUGCUCCCCACCCCCCCAAUCGUUAUCAUCCCUUUUGCACCGUUUGCAACAACGGGAUAGUGAUAGUGUGUAGGAAGUAGUUAAAGAAGAGUUCGAACGAAAAAAAACGAAAACAAAAAUCACUCCAGGGAUCAAAAAAAAAGAAAAAAGGGCGCAGAGUGCAACCGCAUCUGUCAAAUACACGUGAAUGCGUUACUAGCGUUACGAAAGUGUUACUAUUAGUGUAUACAGUGGAAAUAAAGCGGAAAGCAUUUUCCGGCAUUUCCGGCCCUUUGCAAAAGGCAACAAAUAGUGAUAAAAUAGCGAUCAACGAAAAACACCAAAAUUAAACACUCCGUUUUUUGCCCCCCUAUUACCCUUGAUCCUCCUCCGAGGAUCAGGAUUGUGACUCAACCAUUUUGCUGUUGGGACGGUGGUGGAGAGUUAAUUAACUGCAAGCUUAUCUCGCCGCUGGCAAACACAAAGCCUCCCGGGCCAAAGGUCACUCGUUAGCGCACGAUCGGUACGGACACGCACAGACCCCUCACCAUGGACGGUGUACGAGCGCUGGACAUAUUGCCGCUGCUGAAUGAACGGUUCGCCCUGCUGUCCGGUGGUCGGGACAAUCGGGGUGGCCCAAUCAUCUGCUUCCCGGCCACGACCAAGCGGGAACGGAUCAAACCGGAAGACAUCAAGCGGGUCGUGAGCUACUUCAUCAACAUACCUAGUGAUGAAAGCAAAAGUCAUGGCUUUACCAUCAUCGUGGAUAUGCGGGGCAAUGGCAAUACUGCAGCGAGCGCCAAGAUGAUACUGAAGGUGCUGCAGGAAAACUUUGGUACCGACGUCAUACACCAAGCGGUCAUCAUCAAGCCGGACAACUUCUGGCACAAGCAGCGAUCGUCGAUCGCUAGCAACAAGUACAAGUUCGAGACAACGACCAUUUCGAUUCAAUCGCUCGGGAAGCUGGUGGAACCGUCGCAGCUGACGUCGGACUUUGAAGGUUUCCUGCAUUACGAUCAUGCGGUUUGGAUCGAUCUGCGCGUCGCGUUCGAAGAUUUCCUGUGGCAGGCGAGUGACAUACUGGACCGGAUCGAUGAUCUGCAGGAGGAUCUGACGCACUCGGAAUGUCCGGAGGAUGUGAAUGGUGCGAAGCACAGCAUCGAUGCGCAUAAUGAGAUGAAGCGCAAAAUACUGAAGCUUCCGAUUGAGGAUCUGGACCUGCAGGGGCAGAAGUUGCUGGGCAAGUUGACGACCUACUCGAACCGGAACGAUGAUGGAUGCCAUUCGGCACCGUUGCCCACCAACUGUAUCAAUCCGGAUGUGACGUCUGCAAUGAAUCAGGUUCUGCAACAACUCGAAACGACGCGGAAUGCCCAACAGCAGCUCCUGAACUUGUGGCAGCAUCGCAAAACGAAGCUUGACCAGUGCUUUCAGCUCCGGCUGUUCGAGCAGGACUGUGAGAAAAUGUUCGACUGGAUCCUGCACAACCGGGACGUGUUUCAGGAGACGUACGUCGAGAUCGGUCAUAACUAUGCGAUAGCCAAAAAUCUGCAGGAGGAACACCAACGCUUUGCCAUAACGUCUCGCAACGUGUGUGUUAACAUAAAUCGAAUAUUAGCGGUUGCCGCUCGUCUGUACGAGGGCAAUCAUUAUGCUGCGGCACACAUACGGACGCUGGCGGCCCGGUUGGACAAGACGUGGAAGGAUUUCGUCACGACGCUGGACGAGCGGACGGCUGUGUUGACGCUAUCCGUCGUGUUCCAUCAUAAGGCGGAACAGUACACGGAGAGUGUUAGUAGUUGGGCCGCAGCCUGUGAGGCAACGAUACCAACACCAACGAAUGUGGAAAGUCUUGAAACGGCGAUCGGUACCCAUCAGUCGCUGUACGAAGCCAUGUGCCAGGCGUACACGGAGGUACACUCCACCAGCAAAAAGUUGCUGUAUCAGCUUGACCAUCUGGUACAAGUUUGCAACCAGCCACCGAUUGUAAACACUAGGAAAAAUGACAAUUCUCAUUUUAACGGUGGCAAUCCGGCGGCGGAUUAUAGUGAAGGUGCGUCGCACGUACUUGCAGUGAUACAUCAAAUACUUGGACAUCACCGUGCGCUCGAAAGCAAAUGGCACGCGGGUAAACUGCGGCUACAUCAGAAGCUCGCAUUACGAUUGUUCCAGGAGGAUGUAAAGCAGGUGCUGGACUGGCUACAGAACCAUGGUGAUGUGUUUUUGCGAAAGAAUAGAGGCAUCGGCAAGAGCCUGCAGAAGGCACGCAUUUACCAAACGAGCCACGAGCACUUCGAAAAUGUCGCUCAAAAUACCUACCGAAACGCGGAAAAGCUGUUGGCAGCUGCGGAAGAGCUCGCUCGUUCGGGCGAGGUGUCACCGCAGGAGAUAUUUUCCGUAGCACAGGAGCUUGAAACGAAUGUGGCCUCAUUUGCGGAGCGUGUAGAGAAGCGGCGAAGGCGCCUGGAUCUGGCGGUGGUAUUCUACUCGAACGAGAAGGAAAUAUCCGCCUGGCAGGAACAGUUGCACGCGGAAGUGACGAACGAAGAAUCGCUCGAGCUUGCCAAUGAACAUUUGGAGGGUACAGAGCGUAUGCUGGAGCAAUGCAAAGAGCAGGAAGAAAACACACUCAAAACGUGCAUGCAAGCAAUCGCGCAGGGUGAAGCUCUGCUGCAGGAGCUGCGUGCGAUCGAGGAAGAAGAUAGCUCAGGUUCGUUAACGGCCGUACAGAAUGCGCUUGAUCGCAUCCAAAAGAAUCGGCUCGAUCUCGAAGGUCUCUGGCAGACGCGGCGCAUGAAGAUCGAUUUGUACUUGCGGUUGCGCAUCUUCGAACGAGAUGCGCUGGAAGUUUCGUCGCAGCUCGAGAUGUGGUCGGAAGAGUUGCAGCAUACCGAAGUGUCGCGCGAUUUCCAGAAGACGGAACAGUUCCUUCGGUUGCACAAUGAGUCGGUCAAUCAGAUGCAAACGACGACGUAUCAGGUGAUCAAUCAGGGACACGAACUGAUGCAACUAUUCGAAUCAUCCGGGCUACUGAUCAUGGCAGACGCGAACCAUACAGCCCAGACACGGGUGCAGUGUUUGUUGGAAUUUUUGCACGACCGCGAGCUCGAUCUGGAAGAUAUGGCGGAAGCGAAACGCAUCAAGCUGGAACAGUCGAUGCAGCUGUGCCACUUCCAGAACGAUGCCAACCAAGUGAUCUCGUGGAUCCGCAAUGGUGAAGCAAUGCUUAUGGCGAACUUUUCGAUACCGAACAACUUCCAGGAGGCGGAACAGCUUAGGAAAGAGCACGAACAGUUUCAGGUUGCGAUCGAGCGUACGCACACGUCUGCCGUACAGGUGAAGUACCGUGCCGAUGCGCUUAUGAACGCGAACCAUUACGAUCCGCAGAGCAUCAAAGACAUUGCGGAGGAUGUGACGAAGAAAUGGCAGAAGCUGGUGACGUGUGCCGAGGAGCGGCACAAACUGGUGACGGCUUCACAGAACUUUUUCAAAACAGCCGAACAGGUGUGCAGCGUACUCGAUAGUCUGGAGAAAGAAUACCGCCGUGAGGAGGAUUGGUGUGGUGGUGGUGGUUCGACAGAUAAAGGCCAACAGAUUGUGCAGCUGAUCUCGAAACAUCAGGAACAGAAGGAAGCAUUUCUGAAGGCGUGUACACUGGCCCGUCGAACGGCAGAAACGUUUCUGAAGUAUGCGAAUCGUUCACUACAGUUUUACCACGUCAACUCAACGACGGUGAACAGUGAGUCGCGAGUGAAAUCGAUUCUGGAGAAGCUGCUCGCACAGGAAACGCAGGUGCUGGAGUAUUGGACGCAGCGCAAGAAGCGGCUUGACCAGUGUCAGCAGUUUGUGCUUUUCGAACGCUCGGCUAAACAGGCAAUCGAGUGGAUACACGAUACCGGCGAGGCCUACCUGUCGUCGCGCAAAAAUAAGCUUUGUUCGAGCCGUGAAGAAUCGGAACUGUUGCUGCGCGAGCACAACGAGUUCAAGAGCACGGCAAAGGAAACGCGUGAGCGGGUGAAGCUGCUAAUUCAGCUGGCAGAUACGCUCGUUGAGAAGGGUCAUGCACACGCCAGCUCGAUUAAACAAUGGGUUGCGACGGUCGACUAUCGUUACAAGGACUUUAGCCAGCGGAUGGAGCUUUACCGAUCAAAUCUCGAAAAAUCUCUAGGCCUACCUGGUAUCAUACAGCAACAGGAUGACAAUAACCUUAGCAGUAGCAAUAGCAGUAAUAAUAGUAGUAACAGUAGUCUUAACGCUAGCAGAUCCAUUUCCUCGGUUAACUCCAGCUCAGGCAUCUCAUCGGCCGGAUCGUAUUCGAGCGUAAUUGCAGUGGGCGCAUCGCCCGUGCCGGGUGCCGGCCUGGGUGGGGACGGCGGCAGUGGUCCUUGUUCGACAAGCUCCACCGGUACGUCUGGAACCGGUUCCGGAGGCUCGGUAUUAGAGUAUCGACAUUCGGAUCCAUCGUUGGAAACUAAACUGAAUGCUGCGGCUGCUGGCCCAGGAGCGGUAGGAGCGGUGCAGAAAGAAAUAAACGAAGAGAAGCGCAAAUCGGCGCGUAAAAAGGAAUUCAUCAUGGCGGAACUGUUGCAAACAGAGCGUACCUAUGUGAAGGAUCUGGACACGUGCAUCAACGUGUUUCUGCGCGAGCUAAAGAGCGGCCAGCAGGUGCCUCCCAACUUGCUCGGCAAGGAGCACAUCCUGUUCGCGAACAUCGAAGAUAUCUUUCAGUUUCAUGAAAAAAUCUUCCUGCGCGAGCUAGAAAAGUAUGAAACAAUGCCCGAGGACGUCGGGCAUUGCUUCGUGACGUGGGCCACAAAGUUCGACAUGUACGUGCACUACUGUCAGAACAAACCACAAUCGAUGGAUUACAUGGUGCAGCACGGUGGUACGUACUUUGAGGAGGUGCAGCGCAAACACAAGCUCGAACAUUCGCUACCGGCGUACCUGAUCAAGCCGGUGCAGCGCAUCACCAAGUAUCAGCUGUUGCUCAAGGAUUUGCAGUCAUGCUGUGACGAGGGUCAGGGUGAAAUCAAGGACGGGCUGGAGGUGAUGCUGAACGUGCCGAAGAAAGCGAACGAUGUAAUGCACCUGUCGCUGCUAGAGCAGUGCGACAUGCCGAUCCAAAAUUUAGGCGAUGUCGUGCUGCAGGACUCGUUCCUCGUGUGGGACACAAAGCAAAUACUGAUAAAGAAAGGACGCGAGCGGCAUGUGUUUCUGUUCGAACUGUACAUUCUUUUCUCCAAGGAAGUCAAAGACACCAAUGGUACUGUGAAGUACAUCUAUAAAAACAAAUUGUUAACAUCUGAUUUCGGCGUAACGGAACACAUCGAAGGGGAUGAGUGCAAGUUUGCUAUCUGGACCGGGCGUGCACCAAUCCUGUCCGAUUAUCGCAUCGUGCUGAAGGCAAAUAGCCUCGAAACGAAGCAGCUGUGGGUGAAGCGAAUGCGCGAGGUCAUGCAGGAGACGUACUUCUCAGGCACUUCGUUCUCGUUGCUAAAAUCCCCGGCCAAGGUCAGUGGCAAGAACUUGGGCCAGCGGCUAUCGAAGGACAUAGAUGAUACGCUGAACGAUAACGAUCAGGAUGGAAGUUCCCUGGCAAGUUUCGGGUCCGGCAACACGACCGACAGUGAGAAGGGCGGAUUAGCAGAGAUGACAUGGGUCAUAGCGGACCAUACGGCAGCACCGGGCUCGUCCGAGCUGAGCGUUAGCAAAGGUCAGCAGGUCGAAAUUGUCGACAUGAACUGUUCGGGCGCACCCGAUUUCUGCCUGGUGCGUCUGUCGAUCAAUGCGUCCGACAGCCAGGAAGGACUGGUACCGGUGACCGUCCUCAAACCGUUGCCAUCCUCCCAUAGCAAAUUGAACAAUAAACAGCGCGACACGGACACCCUGGGAGAAGUGCCGCAGGAAAAUGAUUGCAUACUACCGAACCAGCAUACGUCGCCCGUCAACAAACGGAAAGGCUUCAGCGGGAAAAAAUGGCUACCGACGCAGUUCCGCAAACUCUCACACGGCAAAUCGGAUAAGCUACCACCGGUGGAGAAAACGCUCAUCAGCAAGAAAGGCUCCGAUAAGAAGGUUAAGCCUAACCAGCAAGAAAAGCCACCGGAAGAGCAGGAAUCGUCAACAGCCGCAUCGGUACAGCUGGAAGCGGAAGAUGAAGAAGCUACGGCUAUUGAACUUCCGCCUCCGAUGAAACCGAUUCAGGAUACCGCAUCCGCCUUAAGUGGUGCUGCUGUUGCGCCUUCGUCAUCCGAGGAUGCUACCGGUACCGCGAACAAGAUCACGAAGGCACUAUCGCUGAAAUCGCUGGAAGAACCGUCCAGUGCUCAGCCACCGGCAGAUCUGGCCGAGAUCGAGCAGUUCGUGAAACAGAAGGUGGAAAGUUUGAAGUAUCUGGAAAAUGAUGGUACCAACAGUAGCGGCUCAGCAAUGGCAAUGGGACUCGUCGGAGGUGGUGGUGGUGGUGCUGAUGGCAGCAGUAGCUCGUCGACGACGAUGGCACUGAAUGGUGGACACACGAUCGCCAAGCCUGCCAUAUCGCCACAGUUCUCUGAGAAUGAAGCGGCGGAUGAGAAUCUGACCGAAGAGCAGGGAAUCGAGGAUAUACUGCGAAAGCGGAACUAUGCGUUGCGUGAACUCAUCACCACCGAAGAAGCGUACGUGAAUGAUCUUUCUCAGAUCGUAAAUGGGUAUAUAGCAGAAAUUCGUAACCCCUCCAGUACGGUACCGAUCCCAGAAGAUCUUAAGGGUGGCAAGGAACGGAUGGUAUUUGGAAACAUUGAAGCAAUAUACGAGUGGCACAGAGAUCAUUUUCUCAAAUCAUUGCAAAAGUGUCUACAGAACCCGUACGAACUCGGUCCGCUUAUUAAACGUAGCGAGCGAAAGCUGCACAUGUACGUCGUCUACUGUCAAAACAAACCUGUCUCGGAGCACAUUGUGCAGGAGCAUAUGAGUUACUUCGAUGAAUUACGCUUAAAAUUAAAGUAUAAACUAUGUUUAGGAGAUAUGCUCAUCAAACCAGUCCAAAGAAUAAUGAAGUACGAGUUACUGUUGAAAGAUAUCCUGAAGCAUACUCUGCGGGCCGGUCUCACUGAGGAGGUACCAGGAUUGAAGGAAGCGAUGCAUAUAAUGCAAGUAGUUCCUAAGGCUGCCAACGAUAUGAUGGACGUUGGUCGGUUACAAAAGUUUGAGGGUAAAAUAACGACACAGGGCAAACUGCUGCUGCACGGCCCACUAUACUGUGUCGAGGGUGCCUCGAGUAGUGAUAAGAACUCGUACAACUCCCAGAAACCGAAGGAACUGCACGUGUUUCUGUUCGAGCAGAACAUCAUAUUUGCUGAAAUCGUCGGAAAGAAAACGCAAUUCACCAGUCCAAACUACAUCUACAAGGCGCACAUACAGGUGAACAAAAUGACACUGCAGGAUCUUUCCGAUCAGACAAAUGGCAACCGGUUCUCGCUUUGCUCAAUCGACCCGCAACGUUCCAGUCUUAGCUAUAUUUGCACCGCACCGACACCUGAGCUACACCAUGAGUGGCUCAACACGAUACACGAGAUACUGAAAACGCAGAACGAUUUCCUCAAAGCGCUCGUAAGCCCGAUCGCUUAUCAAAAGGAACUGACGAAGGAUUCCUAAGAGCCACGCACACAUCUGUGGUGGUAUGGUUGGAACAUGUUUUACCACUUUGUUUACGUCCAACGGUUUUGCAAUCUGUACCGGUACAAUACCGUUUUCAUUUUACUGCGAUUCAAAGCACUGGUGGAACACUUCUUUGGAUCAUUACGAGUAUUAUUUAUUUUACUGCAUUUGUGCAUUCAUUUGCACGGAUGAUACGGAUCAUACGGAAUCAGCAUUUUGUGUUUUUUGCGAAAAGGAAACGAAAAAUUUAAUUGAAUUAUUUAUACGCGCAAAGUCAAACAUCACACCACGGUAACAGUAGCGCAGUUAAUAAUGCAGCAAAUUGAAUUUGCAUAGAACAGGUGCAUCACACGUUAAGCUAAGGCAAGAACAUAACUAUUCACAAGUAUCACGAUAUAGAAUAACGCCGUGGAACCUCGGUCGUCGGUACAGUUUACGGAAACGCAACUUUGCUAAGAACAAAUGUUUGCGAAAAAUCGGCCGCACCGGACAAAUUCGUUUAGCAACAAACUUUGUUGUUGGUGAACUAGUGAAAAGAGCAACUGCAAAGGACGGGAGCGAAGUCCAGCAAGACAAAAUAAAGCAAAUAUCUCUAAAUAAACGUACGUGCACGGUUCAUCUUUCGCGCUUGUUGCCACACCGAAAUUACAAAAAAAAACACACACACAAAGCAAAUGAGUAGAAAUUGGCUAAUGUGCUAUGUUAACAAAACAGAUACCAAUACCAAACUUACUCGUUAAAUUCAGGCGAAUGAAUGCGAUUAUGAUAGACAAUGAACGCAUGAAAAAGUAGCGUAACAGUGACAGUGCGUUGCCAAUGGCUCAAUAUUAUAUCUUAGCAUUGGUCACCAAUAGUAAAACAAAGAAUAUCAAACAGAAAGCAGACAAACAGACAAACUUAUCCGUGAGAACAAACAAAGAUAAGGAAACAUAAGGGAAGCGAAUAGAUCGAGCAAUCGGAGCAGCAUUAAAGUAACAACACAGUAAUAUUAGAAUAGUAAAAAAAUAUCGAUUACAUACAAAAAAGAUACAAAACAAACAAAGCAAAGUAUAUAUUUUAUGAAUAUGAUUAUUAAAAGAAUAUCCUACAAUCACGAGGAUAACAAAUGGCAAAUCAAUCGCAAACAAACAGUAGUUGGGCAAGAAAAACGAACCUUGGUUGGCAAGCGGCAAUGGGGGUGAUGGUGACAAAAUGAAGCAAUGUAACAUCACAUCGAGAAGGGUGAGGGAAGAACAAAUAGAAGAAAACAAAAGGCGCAGAACGUUUGAACAGAAAGGAUGUGGAACAGAACAGUGAAACAGAUUUGUAGCAAACAGCAAAACAUAUUUUUGAUAUUUUGUCAUUUUUGCUCCCUUUUAGUAAUUUGACGAAGGACAAAAAGAAGAACAUCCCGUAGCAAACAUUGGUAGAAACGUACUCAUUAUUGGUGGCGGACAGAUUGUGAACUGAAUCGUACACCGAAAACAAGCGAAACUGCCGGGAAAGCAGUUUCUGUUAUAUUUGCAUGUUUGCCUUUAGAGCAAAAGCAGCAUAUACACACACACAAACAAACAGCAGCACCUCAUAGGUUUCGCAGGCGACUUUUAGACGCAAGAUUAGAGAAAAUGAAACGACAAACGAUUGACACAGAGGUGGGCGGGUUCGCAUCUGAAAUGAUCAGUAGCGUGGAGCUUGUUUGAUUUGAUAUUACCCUCCAUUUUGUGGCCAUUUUGUGGCUAUUUUGUGGGUGAACAUUUUUCGUUACUAUGCCGUGCUAAAUCUUCAUUAGAGACAUUUUCUAUUACAAAAAAAAAUUGAAUAUAAUUUUCACUCUUUGAACAAACGAUCGUAAAACAAAUGAAAUGCUACGACGUAUAGACUGAGAAGUAAACCGCCGCCAUGCAAUGUGGUAUUUACGUUAUUAGUUCAGCUGUUUAUCGACUAAUUCAUUGCUUGCUUUACUCAAUAUGAUUAUGUUAAUCGAAUUAACUAAACAGCUUAUUAAAAGUGUCAAUGAUAGAGACAAGAAGAAACAACCAAUCUGCUUUCGUUCGGUAUUAGAAACAGUCUAAAAGAUCAAUUGAUCACGAUCGAUCAAUCUUUCGCACGAUUUUAGGGCGGUGUGUAAUGUAUAAUUUAUGUACAAACAAAAAAGUACUACAAGCUUUAUUUUGAAAUGUUUUUAUCGAUUGUUUUAGGCCAUUAGAAUUCUUAUUUUCCCGCUCGUUUUAUCGUACACAAAAUCAUGAUCAAAAGUUUUUAUUUUCGUAGUCCAACUAUUCCGAUGAAAGAUUCGAUUCCAGAUCGAUUUCUUUCUGUUUUGUAACGAAUAUGCAGAAUGCGUGCUGAUUUAGAGUGUAGAGCCUCCAGAACGGUCUUAGCUCUUUCAGUUUCUGAAGAUUUGGCUAAAUAAUUUAUUUACAGAAAUGAACUGCGUUACGGUUCCAAACACAGAUAUUAAUCUGGUUUUCUUUGUAGUCACCCACACAAAACAAGGUUAAGCUGGGGAUGAUUUCGUACCAUACUUUGCAUAUUGGAUGAACAACGUUGGAUGAUGUUAUGCAGCUGCACACGUGGUAUCAUGUGACGCAAAGUUCCGAGAAAAAAUGGGAAAAGAAGCGCUUGCAAGCACACUAGCAGGCAGCAGUAAAACAAAACAUAUUAGUGACGAGCAAAAAUGAAGUAUGGAUAAAAAAAAAACAUUUGUGUGAUAAUAUAUAAUAGUAAUAUGUUAUAAUGUUUAAUUUAUAACUAUAACCUACAUUUAGUGGCGCAAUGCAGCGGAAAUGCCCCUCACUUACUCUCUACUACUUUCCGUUCUGUUGAUUAAAACAAAGUACGGAGCCCGAAAGCAAAUAAGGCUAGGCAAAGGGAGAGAGAAAGUGUGUGUAUCGAUAAAAAGCAUGUAUAAAAUAUUGCAGACAAAACGUAUGUCCUUUCCCCUAUGGCGCUUGUGCUGUAUGGGUGCAUCAUAAGGAAUGGAGCAGGGGCUAAAUACAAAUUACGAUAUAAAACGAAAUGGAUGAACAAAAUCAAGCGUGAAGAAUAAAACGGAUCAAAAGUGAGAAUAACCUACUGAUGUAAUUGUUGUACAUUGCGUUGAAAUCAAACCAGCAGAGAAGUAAUUCACCUAAAAUUAGACUAUUAAAACGGAUAGCUGAAAGGAAUCCUCAGCGUUAAUCGAUUAAAGGAAUGCAAUAAUCUUCAUGGUGAAGAACAGUGAAGAAACGAGUAUGGAUAAAUGCUGAUACAACACGCGACGAACGUGAAGAUAAAUAAAAACCUGCAAAAACUGA